CAUAUUCAAAUUGUUGAACGUGACUUAAUUUCCUUAAUAUUAUUUCCAUUCAGAGGCAUCGAGUACUUCUUAUACAUCAGCUAAUUACUAGUUGUGCGCGCGCGAAUGGACGACACCGCCUCGCACGUGAAACGCGAAUAACAAAUAACAGUAAUAGUGACUGUCUGGAAGUGAUUGCGACGAGGAUCAAAUUCACCGCGGUUGUUACCAAGGAAACUAACGACGAAAGUCUUUAUUAUUUAUCGAACUUAUUGAAUUCAUUCGCAGAAUAAUAAGGUGAAUAAUUUAAUAUUAAAUACAGCGUUAGGAUGGUCCUCUUGGGAGAUACUUUUCCAAACUUUACAGCACAAACAAACAUUGGUGAAAUUGAUUUUCACAAUUGGUUGGGAGACUCAUGGGGAAUCCUGUUUUCUCAUCCAAACGAUUUUACUCCUGUUUGUACAACAGAGUUAGCUCGAGUUGUAAAACUAUUUCCAGAAUUUCAGAGAAUGGGUAUAAAAAUUAUUGCGCUGUCUUGUGACUCGGUUGACUCUCAUCUCCGGUGGAUUUCAGAUAUCAAGGCAUAUGGAGAGAUAAAUGAUAAUGGUUUCCCAUAUCCUAUCAUAGCCGAUCAAUCAAGAGAUCUGGCUAUAACUUUGGGAAUGCUGGAUCCUUCAGAAUUAAAUUCUGAAGGUUUACCAGUGUCCGCUCGAACGGUCUUUAUAAUAGAUCCUCUCAAAAAAAUGAGACUAUCUAUUUUAUACCCAGCAUCGACAGGCAGGAACUUUGAUGAAAUAUUGAGAGUCGUGGAAUCUCUUCAACUGACAGAAAAGUACAAGGUGGCAACUCCUGUCGACUGGAAGAAAGGUCAACCAGUGAUGAUUUUACCAACUGUUAACGAUGAUGAAGCAAAACAAACAUAUGGUAAUAAUAUUAAGACUCUCUGUUUACCUUCGGGUAAAUCAUAUCUUCGAAUAGUUCCACAACCAACCGAUUAAAAACAGAUUGGAAGUAUAAAAAUGCACAAUAAAAGAAAUUACAAAUCAUUACAUUUAACAGGAUUUAAUGUAACUUUUUAUACAGAGACAAAUUUGAAGAUGUACUUUUAUGUUAAUUGAAAUAAAUUUUUUUUGAUUUAAUAAACAUUGAUUCGUUGAUUCAAGUGAAAUUCAUUUCUGCAAACAACAAAAGAAGCCGUUUAUUAUUUCACCUAAUAUAUAAUUAAAAGUACACUGCAUUAUAUACAUUUUUCCAAGUACACGUUUUUACUUAUAAUAUCUAGGCGAAUUGUAUAAUAUUUACAGUAUCAUUUAACAAGUUAUUACUAGUUUACGUUUUUCAUACUAUGAUUACACUAUUAUGCGUAUAGUAUUUUAAUGUAUAUAGCAGCAGUUAUACAAAACAGUCCCUGGUGAAAACCAA